AUGGACCCGCUCUCAAUCGCUACGUCUGUGGUAGGUCUGACAGCAACGUGUCUCUCGACUUGCAAAAAGCUUCAUGACCUUGCCGGCGAAUAUGAAGAUGUGCCAACCACCAUCGCUAUGAUAUGCUCCGAAUCGACUGUGAUCAGCAUGGGCCUAUCUGAGCUACAGUCUAAAAUUUUACAUCGCGACGAUCUUGCACAGGCUUGGGCAUCUCGGACAGACAUUCUAAAUGUUUUUGAGAUUGCAUUGACAGGUUGCAUGACGGUUUUUAGCUGUUUAGAGGCCGAGACACGGAAUCUCAAGCUAAAAAACCCUGGAGUUUUAGCUAAGCUCCCUGGGGUUUUUGCCAAGCUUAAGUUUAUAUGGAAUCAGGACCGGCUUAAAGAGCUCUUGGAAGCGCUGAGAGGACAACAGACAUCGAUCACAUUCCUCUUAAGUAUUCUUGAAAUGGAUACUCUUUCUAACAUCCAGAAAGACAUUCGCAAACAUACACGCCAGAUCGAGGCCACAGCAGCAGAAGCCCAAUCUCUCCAAUCCCGGAUUCCCAGCAUCAAGAUUGAAUCCGAAUCUAUAUUCAAUAAAGACGCCGCCAGACUCAGUCUUUUCGAAGCGACUUCAAAUUUCGCGCCUUCUGAACUUGACUUCCAGUUUGAUGACUUGGUCAUUAAUAGCAAUGCGUACAGGCGAGCGUUCGCCAAAGCUCAUACCGAAAAUCAGAAGUCACAUAAACAGGUCGAAGAUGAUACCGCUAAUCCUGACUCUGAUACACCCAAUAGCAUGACGUUCAGAUUGGUGACUACCUCGAAAGAUACACCACGUGGCAUCUCACAAAUAACAUUAUGUGAUACCACUGAAGCGCCAGCCGAAGAUGAAGGCUUGUAUCCUGAAAGCCAAACGGGCUCACUAGACGAAGCCACCAGGGAUGAGACGUAUCAAACUGCUCAUACGAACAGCUCUGACUUCCAAGGUCUUCUUUUCAGCCAGAACGUGUCCCAGCUUGUGUGCAACAAGUGUUCAGUCGACAUUACAGGAAGGUGUGUGUCGGCCUUGGGCAAUGCAUGGCAUCCAAACUGCUUUGUGUGUUACGAUUGUGGCGAACCAGUUGCUGGUCAUUUCUUCCCCACAAAUGAAGAGGGAAACCAGGAUAAACCUCUUUGCGAGAAGGACUACGCUCGUAGACUAGAAUCAAAGUGUUUCAAGUGCAACGGGGCACUAAUAGGGACUUACAUUACCACCUUCCGGGAAUUCGCCUUAGAGCAAAGUUAUCACCCUCAGCAUUUAUCCUGCGAUGAAUGCGGUACCGUCUUGAGUAUGGAAAGCCACCACACGUACGAGAAAAGGGUAUACUGCGAGUUACACUUUUGCCGGACCUUUGCACAUUACUGUGGUGGCUGUAAAUUUCCCCUUCUUCUUCCAAACUACUAUCUCGAGGCGGUUGACAGGGCAGGAGUGAAGAGGAAUUGGCAUCCCGAAUGCGUCAUCAUGACUCAGUACUGGGGUGUUAUGAUUCCAGUAUCGCACACAGGCCGCAAAUAUCUCAGAACUAUCCAGAGUGGUUCAAUGCAGGACCUCAUGGCCGAUAUUCGGGAACAGCAUGUUGCUUGUCUUCAACGCAUAUAUCAACUUGGAACACAUAUUCUGUCGACCUUUACGGAAAACUUUCGCCUGGCUUUGGUGUUUCGUAAAGCAGGGUACGCUGGCCACGAGUCCUUCAGAUACUGGAGAAUUAUGUUAUAUGCCGUCUCGCGCCUUUUGCAAGCAACAGCCCAGCUUUCCAAUGAUGGGAUGGAUCGUGUCUCGUGGGAUACAACUCCCACUGAGCUCGAUAACUUUUUGAAGGGACUUGAUCCCGAUAUUCCUCUUGUGUCUAAUUCUGACUACGACAGGAAGCCAACAGGUCGCGGAGUCUUUCUCAGAUGCGAGGAGUGCAACGAGAUUCUAAUCCAUGACGCCUUCGCUGAGCCUUCUGAACCCUCCAACGGCCGGAUUUAUGGAAAGUGUGGUCUUGGGGAUCAUGAAUAG